AUGGGCGUCCCGAUGGCGCCGCCGCCCAGCAUCCAGGCCCGGUUCGAGGGCGUCUUUCACCAGCACUGCGAGGGGAAGCCGUACCUGACGGCCAUCGAGGCGGCCGCCGUGUUUAUGCAGGCGGGCCAGCAGACCGGCCUGACCAAGGCGGACCUGUCGAGCAUCUGGGAGCAGGCCGACGCGGACCGGGACGGGCGCUUCACCAUGGGCGAGUUUGUGCACGCCAUGUGGCUGAUGGAGCUCCAGGGGGCGAGCCCGUGCCCGCCGUACCAAGCAUCGCCUCAGGCCUCGGCCCCUGUUUCGCCAUUCCUUCCUCGGGCGUUUCCUCCGCGGGCCGCCCUCCCGCCCUUUCUUCCACAGACGUUUCCCCCGCAGCCUCCGCAGGCAGCGCCGAUGAAAAUGAGCAAGGCCAUGAUCUGCGCAGGCUGCGAGGCGGGCAUCCUCCCCGACGACAUCAUCUUCCACUGCGCCGAGUGCAGCAAGCCGCAGGGCCUCGGGUACUGCGAGCGGUGCGUCUCGGGCGGCGCCCGCUGUCCGCACGGGCUCGGGCGCGUCAAGCUCGAGGAGCACGAGCUGCCGAUCCGCGACAAGGACGGCAGCUGGCUGAUGGGGGUCAAGUGCAUCAAGUGCAAGACCAAGAUGCGGAAAAAGGACCUGUGCUUCAAGUGCAGCCACUGCUGGGACCCCGACUUUUGCCCGAGCUGCUGGCGGGACAAGGACAAGCGGUGCAAGCACGCGGCCCGGGGCAAGGUCAAGAUGUGCAGGGUAGGGCGCAAGGACGAUGGGAUCGAGGACAUGAUUGACGGCGUGGUGUCUGUGCUGGGGGGGUAG